UUACAUCAACAAAUGUAAAGAAACAAACAUCAAAGUCCAAAUUAUUCGAAAGAAUUCAAAAUCGAACAAUACUCUGAAAUUGGCAUCCUCUCUGGCAUUUAAUUUGAAAUCGACACGUUUUCAAAAUGUCAAAAUCGUUUGAUGUUGUCAUUUUCGGAGCAAGUGGUUUCACUGGACAGUUUGUUGUGCAGGAAUUCGCGAAACAAAACUCGCAAAACCUGCGCUGGGCCGUGGCAGGAAGGAACAGGGAAAGGUUGCAAGAUACUUUGCAACAAGCCUCAGAUGAAUUGGGUAAAGAUUACUCUGGCAUAGAUGUGAUUAUAGCAGAUGUCAAAGAUGAAGAAUCUUUAAAUGCAAUGUGUGCUGCAACUAAGAUGGUCUUGAAUUGUGUAGGACCAUAUCGUUUCUUUGGAGAGCCUGUGGUGAAGGCCUGUGUUGAAAAUGAUUGCCACCAUCUUGAUGUCAGUGGAGAGCCAGAGUUCCUGGAAACGAUGCAGUUUAAAUACGAUGAAAAGGCGAGAGAAUCUAAGAUUUUCGUGAUCGGAACAUGCGGUUUCGAUAGCAUACCAGCAGACAUGGGCAUCGUUUAUACACAAAGAAAAUUUCCAGGCCAAUUGUGUCAUGUGGAGAGUUUCCUGACUGUUAAUUCUGGGGAGAAGGGCAUGCGAGGUCACUAUGGAACUUAUCACUCACUCAUUUACGGCAUUGCUAGCGAAAAGGAAGGGAAUCUCAAGAAAUUACGAAAAGAAUUGUUCCCAAAUCCUCUGCCCCGUGUUGGGCCAAAGUUGAAAAUGAGAGGCUCCGUGUUUUAUGGAAAAGAAGUGGACAAAUGGUCGUUACCAUUCCUCGGUGCCGACCCCUCGGUCGUGCGACGUACCCAACGUUACAGACAUGAUGAGCUCAAAAAACCCCCCGUUCAAUACUCGGCUUACUUCACCUUACCAUCCAUCAUAUACGUCGCCAUGUUGAUGGUGUUUGGCUUUAUCUUCAUGCUUCUUGCGUCGUUCGACUAUGGCAGAAAAGUUUUAGAGAAGUACCCGAAAAUAUUCUCGUUUGGCAUCUUUUCACACGAAGGACCGACAAAAGAAGAGAGAGACGGUACAAGCUUUUCUAUGACAUUCUAUGGUAAAGGAUUUAGUAAAGAUUAUGAAGGGGAAAUAAGUCCCGAAUCGAAGAUGGACAAAAAGAUUGUCACUCGUAUUAUUGCGCCUGAGCCAGGAUAUGUUGCCACGCCAAUAUGUAUGGUUCAAGCUGCCAUUGUGAUUCUCAGCGAAAGAGAAACUAUGCCAGAGAGUGGAGGAGUCUUGACACCUGGCGCUGCGUUUGCUGAUACGACGUUGAUUGAACGAUUGGACAAAGCCGGUGUUCGUUUUGUUACCGUGGAAGAAGCAAGUCCGAUCGAAUAAAGAACUGCAUGUGUUAGGAGAAAUCAAUUUUUCGCUAACAUCAAUUCAGCACAACGGAUUGCUUUUGAUUUGCUCAAUAUUAUAAACAUUGAUCAUGCUCGUUUAUUUGAAGUAGUAUAGACAUAUUUUUGUAGAUGAUAAAUGGCGAUAUAAAAAUAAGGAAUAUAGCAUUAUAAUUUAUGUUUACAAUUCGACAUACUUUUGGUGUAUGUGAUAUGGUGGAUUUCCUUUCGCGUGCAAGGCUAUUGGCUCGCGCCUGGUGAAGAGGCAGCUGUUGCUGUGUUGCGCAAAAUCGUAA